GGGCCCCCGGAGGUGCCUGAGGGGGCGUUGGGGGCAGCGGUGCUCAGAGCUCGCCUCGGCGUGAGUCGUUGUCCAGCCCCAGCAAAGAAAACUUGUGCUGAAUCUGACUUCACCUGCAACAACGGCCACUGUAUCCCGGACAGGUGGAAAUGUGAUGGCGAAGAGGAGUGCCCUGAUGGGUCCGAUGAAUCUGAAGCAGCAUGCACCAAGCAAGUGUGUCCGGCUGAAAAAAUUAGCUGUGGGGACUUGAGCAACAAAUGUAUCCCAUCGUCCUGGCGAUGUGAUGGGGAGAAGGACUGUGAGAGCGGAGUUGAUGAGGCUGGCUGCAAUACUGUCUGCAUCUCCAGUGAGUUUCAGUGCAGCAACAAGACCUGCAUCGCCAUGAUCUUCGUGUGCGACGGCGAUGACGACUGCGGCGAUGGCAGCGACGAGAGAAAGUGCUCGCCCCUGAUCUGCAGCCCCAGCGAGUUCCAGUGCAACAACAGCAUGUGCAUCCCGGAGCUGUGGGUCUGCGACAGCCAUCCCGACUGUGAGGACGGCUCGGACGAGUCCCUGGAGAAGUGCAGCUACAAGGCCAGGCCCCAGGCGCUGAACACCUGCGCAGCCCACGAGUUCAGGUGCGGGAGCGGGGAGUGCAUCCACCUGAACUGGAAGUGCGAUGGGGACGAGGACUGCAAAGACAAGUCAGACGAGCAGAACUGCCGUGAGUGUUGCCCGGGGUGGGUAGGGUGGGGUAGGAGGUCUGCGAGGAAAGUUUUCAGGGUGCCACCAACAGCUUUGUGCUUGGCCAAGGCCAGUGCUGGAGUAUCGGUGCCUGCAGACUGCAUACCGGGGUGGGAGGGGUCUAAUCCGGGCUUUUCAGGUAUCUCCCGUAACGUUUGCUGCUGUCCCGUGACACCAACGGGGGCAGUGAUGAGAAUCGGCCAACCUGGCAGAGACAGGAUUAGAGGCAGCAGCUCCUUCGGACACAACUCCAUAAAGUCCCCAGCCAUCAUGUUCAUCUUGCCUGGGCUGCAAGGCUGGCAGGAGGGGACGGACAAGGGAGGGCGGAUGCCAGUGCGGAGGGCCUGGUGCUUGCAGCUGGAGCUGGAUCCCGACUGCCUGCUGGAGCUCAGUCAGAUGAAGUCAUCCCGAAUCUGCACGGUGCCUCUCGGGAUACUGGCAGAUAACGCCAAGGCCUGGUCAGCGCUUUAUGACACUUGCCGCUUGCUCGCUGGAUUCUGCAUCUCCAGUGAGUUUCAGUGCAGCAACAAGACCUGCAUCGCCAUGAUCUUCGUGUGCGACGGCGAUGACGACUGCGGCGAUGGCAGCGACGAGAGAAAGUGCUCGCCCCUGAUCUGCAGCCCCAGCGAGUUCCAGUGCAACAACAGCAUGUGCAUCCCGGAGCUGUGGGUCUGCGACAGCCAUCCCGACUGUGAGGACGGCUCGGACGAGUCCCUGGAGAAGUGCAGCUACAAGGCCAGGCCCCAGGCGCUGAACACCUGCGCAGCCCACGAGUUCAGGUGCGGGAGCGGGGAGUGCAUCCACCUGAACUGGAAGUGCGAUGGGGACGAGGACUGCAAAGACAAGUCAGACGAGCAGAACUGCCCACUGGUGACCUGCCGCCCUGACGAGUUCCAGUGCGGAGACGGGACCUGCAUCCACGGGACGAAGCAGUGCAACAAGGUGCACGACUGCCCCGACAACAGCGACGAGGCGGGCUGCAUCAACGAGUCAGCGUGCGAAAGUCCCAGCAAGUUUCAGUGUAAGAGUGGAGAGUGCAUUGACGGAGGCAAAGUGUGCGAUUCCCAUAGAGACUGCAGGGACUUGUCUGACGAGCCUCUGAAAGAAUGUGGCCUCAAUGAAUGCUCAAACAACAACGGUGGUUGCUCCCACAUAUGCAAGGACUUGAAGAUUGGGUAUGAAUGCGAAUGCCCUCCCGGAUACAAGCUUCUGGAUAAGAAAACGUGUGGAGACAUAGAUGAAUGUGAGAAUCCAGACGCUUGUAGCCAGAUCUGCAUUAAUUACAAGGGGGACUACAAAUGCGAGUGCUACAAGGGCUACGAGAUGGACACCCUGUCCAAGAACUGCAAAGCUGUAGUAGGCAAGAGCCCGUACCUGAUCUUCACCAACCGCCACGAGGUGCGGAAGAUAGACCUGGUGAAAAGGGACUACUCUCGCAUCAUCCCCAUGCUGAAGAACGUGGUAGCUUUGGAUGUGGAGGUGGCAACAAACAGGAUCUACUGGUGCGAUUUGUUCUACAGAAAGAUCUACAGUGCCAACAUCGACAAAGCCAGCGACACGGCAGGACAGGUGAUUCUGAUAGACAGUCAGCUGAACUCUCCCGAAGGCCUGGCCAUAGACUGGGUUCACAAGAACAUCUACUGGACAGACUCUGGAAACAAGACCAUCUCCGUGGCCACUGCUGAUGGAAGCAGGAGAAGGACCCUCCUCAGCUCUGACCUGAGUGAGCCCAGGGCCAUUGCGGUGGAUCCAAUCCGGGGGUUCAUGUAUUGGUCCGACUGGGGAGACCAAGCAAAAAUCGAAAAGGCUGGGCUCAACGGCAUGGGGCGACAUGUGCUGGUCACAGAUAACAUCGAGUGGCCAAAUGGCAUCACCCUGGAUCUGCUGAAUCAGCGUCUCUACUGGGUGGACUCCAAGCUGCAUUUGCUCUCCUGCAUUGACUUCAAUGGCAGCAACAGAAAAGUCCUUAUCUCUUCAGUUGAUGAUUUAAGCCACCCUUUUGGCCUGGCCGUGUUCGAGGACAGGAUUUUCUGGACUGACCUCGAAAAUGAGGCCAUCUUCAGCGCCAACAGGUUGAGUGGGCUGAACAUCUCUAUCCUGGCCGAAAAUCUCAACAACCCACAUGACAUCGUGGUCUUUCAUGAACUCAAGCAACCCAAAGCUCCCGAUUCCUGUGAACUCAGCUCCCAGCCUAACGGAGGCUGUGAAUACCUGUGUCUUCCUGCACCAAAAAUCUCUCCUCAUUCCCCCAAGUACACGUGUGCCUGUCCUGACAACAUGUGGCUGGGCCCAGAUAUGAAAAGGUGCUACAAAGAUCUUCCAGCUACCUCAACUACUGUACUGACUUCCACGACUCCAGCACCCAGCACUACCACCGCCAUCGCUGCUACCGCUGGCAACACCAGCAGUGCCACUAUGGAGAGCCCAGGAGCUGUGCUACAAGUCCCCCUUACGACGCCAAGUGUUCGCCUCUCCACAACUGCAUCCAUCCUGCUGGGCUCAGAAUUAAUGACCACUGGAAACAGCAAUUUAUCUCAGCACUAUGCUAAUAACGCAGAAGGUUUUGGCUCCACUGUCACAGCAGCUGUUGUUGGGAUUGUAGUUCCCGUUGUGGUCAUUGGCUUGCUGUGCAUGGGAGGGUACCUCAUCUGGAGGAACUGGAAACGGAAGAACACAAAAAGCAUGAACUUUGAUAAUCCUGUGUACAGGAAGACAACAGAGGAGGAAGAUGAAGAUGAGAUCCAUAUUGGGAGGACUGCACAGAUUGGACACGUCUAUCCAGCACGUGUAGCAUUAAGUCUGGAAGAUGAUGGGUUACCAUGAGGACCAGCUCACUGCUCCAGUACCAUACCUGACAAUUAUAUGCACUGAACAGAUUCGCUUUGGAUCAUGGAUCCCACCUACUUUUUUCCCCUUAUUAUUUAUGUUGCAGAAGGGUAACCACAAAGUUAUAAUGAACUGCAAACAUCCAAAGGAUGUGAGAGUUUUGUAUGUAUAAUCUUUUAUACACAUUUUAACUUGUUGCACUACCCAUUCAUGAUAGUGAAGAGGCUACUGCUGAGCUACUAACUCACUGUACAUAACCAGCCAGGCCCCAGGGUCAGUAGCUAUGCGUCAUUUUAAAACUAUAUUUGUAGAGAUUUUGUAAAUACAUCAAACUUGCUUUGUGGCUAUCUACCAACAUAAGUAAGAAAAGUCUAUCCAAGCCGUUUAGAAUAUUUAUUAACAAAAUCUGGAUAUAAGAUUUGUUCUGUAAAUAUAUUAGAGGGGUGAGAGUAUUUAUUUUUGGUAUGUUUGGCUUGCUGUGCACAGGUUAUCUGUGUAUAUAUCUAUCUGGGCUAGAUAGAUAUAUAGACAUAUAAAUAUAUACAUAUAUAAAUAUAUAUACAUAAAAAUAUAUUUUAAACUACUAGCCUAAGUAGUAGGGGUCUGUGGGAAUCAGGGGUAACUGAAUUCUUAAGGGAUGUUUGUGGAAAAUUUGCUUUGAAAUCUAAAGCUACUGAGGAAGAACCAGCUAUGCAGUGAGUUAAUCAGCAGACAGAGUGAACCCAGAAUGAACCUGCUGUGGUUCACUGCAUUGCAUGAGCAGGUUAACUCGGACUCGGGCAUUAGCACCCUUGAUUUUCUUUCUACGCACUUGGUUUUCUUUCCUUGCGGUAAAGUUCCCUGACUGUAACUUCUCUGCAGCUCGGGUAUCUCGGACAGAAGCAGCUUCUAUAAAACACUGCUGGAGCCCACCAAAUGGCAGGGAUGUGUCUCCAUGCUGGUAUUUGGUUUAAGAUUUUUUUUUUAAAGAAGUCCAUAGCUCCACAUGAAUUUCCCCUCCUCUUCUAAAGAGUCAUUUUGCUCCAAUAGCAGCAAAUCAGCCACAUAAUUAUAUAGAC